UGCCUCAGGCUUUCUCCUGGUAUAAUGGAGCGGAUGAGGUGUGGGCGUCACACCCAGUUGGGCGUGGCAUGAGACAGACACACACCCCGGGUGUCUCUUUUACCAUCCUGCACCCACCCCACCCCCACCAAAAUGGCCUCCAGCUACCCGCCCCCCUUCGAGGGCACAGGGGAGGUUAAGGAGGGCUUCCUGUGCCCGCUGUGCCUGAAGGACCUGCAGUCGUUCUACCAGCUCCAGGAACACUACGAGGAGGAGCACUCUGGGGAUGAUCGACAUGUCAGGGGACAACUCAAGAGUGAGUCUGUUACUGCUGGUCUCUUGUACAUUUUUUGCUCUACCAGACUGAAUAUGCACAUCUUGGAGGAGUAAAGGAAAUUCUAAAUCAAAAGGGCCUCUAAUAAUACUUUUAGAAGGCAUCCUUCCUAUCACCCUUGCCUGAAGUAAUCACUACUCUCUCCUGUUGGCUGCAGGUCUGGUCCAGAAGGCUAAGAAAGCCAAAGACAAGCUGCUGAAGAGGGAUGGCGAAGACAAGCCAGAGACGGGCAGUUAUGAGUCCUUCUACUACGGCGGAGUGGACCCUUACAUGUGGGAGCCUCAGGAGUUGGGUGAGACUGGGAGCAGUAUGCAGGGGGGAAACUGGGAGUAGAGGAAAGGGGUGGGGUGGUGUGGUAGAGGGCUUUGCAUCCACUGCUCAAAAUCUACACUACGUAAGAGAUGAAUUGGUCUGGUCAUUGAAUGCUAGUGAGUCAUCUCAACUGAAUUGAAAAUAAGGGUGUUACAUUGUAAUGUAACACCCUUCCAUCCGGUCUGAUGGUGUCCCUCCUAUACCCCAUAGGAGCCACAAGAAAUCAUAUGGACUUUUUUAAGAAGCACAGAGCUGCCAGGAUUGACCACUACGUCAUCGAGGUCAACAAGCUCAUUAUCAGGCUGGAGAAAGUGAGGACUCUCGCACAAACUACAGCAGACAAUCACAAGUCGUUUGCCCUUUUGUUUGUCAAUCUGAUUUUGACACAUACAGUAGCAGUUACACCACCCAUACUGCAAGGACAUGACUCACCAUGUAUCCUAUGUUCUGUUUCAGCUGACAUCUUUUGACAGGAUGAACAUAGAUGCAGGCAAAAUUAGAGGUGGGUUAAGUGGGGGUCAUAUUGCAGUGUGUUUUGGUAUUCACCAUCACAUUAUACCAGACCCACAUUUCUUCUUAUGGGUACAGCUCCUCCCAGUGUCAUUUUCUUUGUGUGUAUCCUGAAAAGCCUCUUCUCUUCCUCUCUCUAGCAAUUGAGAAGUCUGUAGUGUCGUGGGUGAGCGACUCUGAUGUUCCAUUCUGUCCCGACUGCGGGAACAAGUUCAACCUUCGGAACAGGCGACACCAUUGCCGCCUCUGUGGCUCCAUCAUGUGUAGGAAGUGCAUGGAGUUUGUGCCCCUGCCUUUGGCUUGUGAGUAGAUUUACACACUCUGACACACAAAUGAAUACAUGGAAACACAACACGUUAUGGACAUAUACAACGUGUGCAUGUGUUUACACACAUCCAGCGAUAUUACAUAUUAUUACAACAUAUCUCAGUGUUGCUCAGUGAAUCCUCACCCUGUUUGUUCUCUUCUCUCCAGACAAGCUGACCAGUGGGACGCGGGAGGCCCGUAGUGUUACGGGCAGCCAGGGCCAGUCCCAGUCCCCUCCAACAGGGGGCGGCGGGGGCAACGUUAGCGGGAUGGGCUCCAGGAGGGGCAGCAUCAGCAGCCUGAGCAGCGUCACCUCAAUGCUGGAAGAGAAGGACGACGAGAGGAUCCGAUGCUGCCUCCACUGCAUGGACACCCUGAUGAAGAGACAGCAGAAACUGGAGGAGAAAGACUACGUGCCUGACAUCGUCAAGCUCUACGAGGUAACACAGAGCUCUAUUGUGUGCUUCCUCUCGUUCACUAUGUAGUGUACUUCCUGUCAUUCACCAUCCAUCUUCCUGUCUUCCUCCCAGAGGCUGAGGCUGUGCAUGGACAAGGUGGAUGAGAGGGCUCCAGAGUACAUCAGAAUGGCUGAGUCUCUCAAGUAAGAUGUGUCUUAAAUAACACCUCAUUCCCUAUAUAGCGUACUACAUUUGACCAGAGCUACAGUUGAAGUCGGAAGUUUACAUACACUUAGGUUGGAGUCAUUAAAACUCGUUUUUCAACCACUCCACAAAUGUAUUGUUAACAAACUAUAGUUUUGGCAAGUCGGUUAGGACAUCAACUUUGUGCAUGACACAAGUAAUUUUUCCAACAAUUGUUUACAGAAAGAUUAUUUCACUUAUAAUUCACUGUAUCACAAUUCCAAUGGGUCAGAAGUUUACAUACACUAAGUUGACUGUGCCUUUAAACCGCUUGGAAAAUUCCAGAAAAUGAUGUCAUGGUUUUAGAAGCUUCUGAUAGGCUAAUUGACAUCAUUUUAGUCAAUUGGAGGUGUACCUGUGGAUGUAUUUCAAGGCCUACCUUCAAACUCAGUGCCUCUUUGCUUGACAUCAUGGGAAAAUCAAAAGAAAUCAGCCAAGACCUCAGGAAAAAAAUUGUAGACAAGUCUGGUUCAUCCUUGGGAGCAAUUUCCAAAUGCCUGAAGGUACCACGUUCAUCUGUACAAACAAUAGUACGCAAGUAUAAACACCAUGGGACCAUGCAACGUCAUACCGCUCAGGAAGGAGAUGCGUUCUGUCUCCUAGAGAUGAAUGUACUUUGGUGCUAAAAGUGCGAAUCAAUUCCAGAACAACAGCAAAGGACCUUGUGAAGAUGCUGGAGGAAACAGGUACAAAGGUAUCUAUAUCCACAGUAAAACGAGUCCUAUAUCGACAUAACCUGAAAGGCCGCUCAGCAAGGAAGAAGCCACUGCUCCAAAACCGCCAUAAAAAAGCCAGACUACGGUUUGCAACUGCACAUGGGGACAAAGAUCGUACUUUUUGGAGAAAUGUCCUCUGGUCUGAUUAAACACAAUAUAACUGUUGAACCUCGUUAAUGUUUUGGAGGAAAGGGGGGGUAGCUUGCAAGCGAGAACCCCAUCCCAACCGUGAUGCACGGGGGUGGCAUCAUCAUGCUGUGGGGGUGCUUUGCCUGCAUGAGAGACUGGUGCACUUCACAAAAUAGUUAUUAAUUAUGUGGAUAUUUGUAUUUAUUUAUUUUUAUUUCACCUUUAUUUAACCAGGUAAACCAGUCGAGAACAGGUUCUCAUUUACAACUGCGACCUGGCCAAGAUAAAGCACGCAGUGCAAUAAACCAACACAGAGUUCUAUGGUGUCAAAACUAAGUCAAAAAAUACAACGAAAUAUAAAAAGAUACAGUGUGUGCAUAUAUUGAAGCAACAUCUCAAGACAAUCAGUCAGAAGUUAAAGCUUGGUCACAAAUGGGUCUUCCAAAUGGACAAUGACCCCAAGCAUACUUCCAAGUUGUGGCAAAAUGGCUUAAGGACAACAAAAGUCAAGGUAUUGGAGUGGCCCAUCACAAAGCCCUGACCUCAAUCCUAUAGAAAAUGUGUGGGCAGAACUGAAAAAGCAUGUGCGAGCAAGGAGGCCUACAAACCUGACUCAGUUACACCAGCUCUUUUUUUAUUUUUUUAUUUUACCUUUAUUUAACUAGGCAAGUCAGUUCAGAACAAAUUCGUAUUUACAAUGACGGCCUACACCGGCCAAACCCGGACGACGCUGGGCCAAUUGUGCGCCGCCCUAUGGGACUCGCAAUGACGGCCGGUUGUGAUACAGCCUGGAAUCUAACCAGGAGGUCUGUAGUGACGCCUCAAGCACUGAGAUGCAGUGCCGUAGACCACUGUGCCACUCGGGAGCUCUGUCAGGAGGAACGGGCCAAAAUUCACCCAACUUAUUGUGGGAAGCUUGUGGAAGGCUACCCGAAAUGUUUGACCCAAGUUAAACAAUUUAAAGGCAAUGCUACCAAAUACUAAUUGAGUGUAUGUAAACUUCUGACCCACUGGGAAUGUGAUGAAAUAAAUAAAAGCUGAAAUAAAUCAUUCUCUCUACUAUUAUUCUGACAUUUCACAUUCUUAAAAUAAAGUGGUGAUCCUAACUGACCUAAGACAGGGACUUUUUACUAGGAUUAAAUGUCAGGAAUUGUGAAAAACUGAGUUUAAAUGUAUUUGGCUAAGGUGUAUGUAAACUUCCGACUUCAACUGUAUAUGUGGCUCUGGUUCUGUUGUUUAUCCUCAUUGUCAAACUUACAUUUUCACAGUGCUGGAGAGACCACCUAUAACCUGGACACGGCUGGUGGACUGAGAAUGGAAGUCCAGAAAUACUACGAACUGAUCGAUGCACUGAGGUACAUACCGUUUACAGAAUAUGUGUUGACUAACUGCAAGUCACUUUGGACUUCUAAAUGACCAUAUUAUAACAUUCUCUAUAUAUUCAUGUCAGUAAGAAGAUCUUAACACUGGGAAUGAAGGAGGAGCCACAACCCCAUCCAAAGACUCUCCAGCUGCAGAGGAUGGUCAGAUACACAGCCACGCUGUUUGUCCAGGUGAGACCCAGAGGGUACACUACUGUACACACAGAGCAGCUAUGGAUGAGCUGAAUGGCUUACUAAACAGUGAUUGAUAACUCCGACUGCCACCAGUAAAAUAUGUUACAUAGUAUACUCAAGCAUCCCCCCCCCCCCCCCCCCCCCACCCACCCAUCUCUAUCCUUCUCUCUCCCACCCUCCUGCAGGAGAAGUUGCUGGGUCUGAUGUCUCUACCCACUAAGGACAAGUAUGAGGAACUAAAGGAGAAGAGGAAGCAGGAGCAGGAGAAGAGACUCACGCAGGAGAGACUGGUGAGGAGGCUGCUUAUUGUUUAAACUAAAGACCCAACAAUGAUAUUCCAAAAAGGAUCUAAAAUGUCUAUGAUACCAGACAAGCAAAAAGCAACACAAGUAGUGUUUUAUAAUAAAGCUGUCUCUAAAAGCUUACCUUCCUAUUUUCUUGCCAGGCUGCCCAGGAGGUCCAAAAAAGGAGGCAGAACUCGGAGAAGAACCGCCCGGCCACCAACACCAAUGGGGAGGCUCCCCAGGCCCCCAGGGCCCCCCGCAUGACCAAAGCUGGGGGAUGGCUGCCCUCUUCCGAUACCCUCCACACGGGCGGGGAGCUGGAGGACCCCCUGCUGCAGCAGAUAGACAACAUCCAGUCAUUCCUGCGGCAGGCCAAGGCCGCCCAGAGGCAUGACGAGGUGGCCAUGCUGGAGGACAACCUCAGGCAGCUGCAGGUGGGGAAACCUAUAUUAUAUCAGACAUGUACCACAACAACUAGUAUUGAUCAUAGCAUUCAUUGUGUUGUAUGUACUGUGAUUACAAUGCACCACAUCCAGUAGAGCUCUGGUCCAAAAUAGUGCACUGUGUAGAAAUAGGGUGUUAUUUUUUGAACUGUGUGUUUCCCAGGAUGAGUACGACCAGCAGCAGACCAGCUUGGCCAUCGCUCUGUCCCAGAGGCUGGCCCAGGAGGAGAGUCUACAGCAGGACGAGCUGCAGCGCCUGGAGGACAGAGAGAGGGGGGAGAGGGAGCACAGGGCCCAGAGCCAAGCCCCAGGAUCCCAGGCCACAUACACCUGGCAGGGCUCACUGAACCUAACCGAUAUAGGGAGCCUCCGUAGGGAGGAAGAGGGGGAGGAAGAGUUGACCCCUAAAGCAGAGAGCAGCCCCCCGUCCAUGAGGGCCUUCCCUGCCCUGACGGACCAGGAUGAGGAGUCACCCCCCCGGCUGAGGAGGCUGGGGGGAGAUGUGACGCCUCCUGGUGGCGAGGGACAGAACAGCUCCUCCCUCAACCCCUUUGAGGAGGAAGACUCCACCCCUGUGGAGGAUCCGUCCAAUCCGUUCUUCGAGGAGAUCCAGAAGGAGCACAAGGAGGUGGCUAACGGGAAGAAGGAGUACAACCCAUUUGAGCAGGAAGAGGAGGGUGGGGAGGAAGAGCAGGGGCAGGCCGAGGGCGCCACUGGCAACCCUUUCGAAGUGAAGGAGGAAAACAAUAAAGGUAACCCUUUUAAAGAGGCUUCUGGGUGUAUCCUGCCGGGAGCGUCGACCAAUCCCUUCGAGGGGGAGGAUGAGGAGGCGAUGCCAGACGUCGACGUGAUCGAGGAGGAGUUGCUGCUGCAGCAGAUCGAUAACAUACGGGCAUACAUAUUUGACGCCAAGCUCAACGGGAGGCUAGACGAGGUGGAGCUGCUGUCAGAGAACCUGAGAGAGCUGCAGCACACGCUGCAGAAACAGAAGAGCAAGACACACUGA